AUGGCAUCCUCUUCCGCUGUAUCGCUUGUUCCCUCCUUAGGGUUCUCGCCCGUCAGCGAGAAGCUGACUCGCGCCAACUAUCAAGCAUGGAGCGCAGAGGUCCUCUCGGCGAUCAAGGGGGCGCAGCUCUACAGCUUCAUCAAGUCCACGGCGGCUCCACCACCCGAGUUACUUGAUGUCAAGGGUGAUGACAAGAAUGCCGAGCCAAAGCCCAAUCCCGAAUAUGAUAUUUGGGUUGCAAAGGACCAACAGGUCCUGAGUUUCAUCCUUUCCAAUCUUGGGAAGGAGAUCCUUGCUCAGGUGUCUUCAGAGAAGACUGCAGCCGCGGCAUGGGCCGCGAUCGAAGCCAUGCACGCGUCCCAGUCAAGGGCGCGGAUCAUCGCUACAAGGAUGGCCCUUGCAACUGCAACCAAGGGGUCCUCCUCUGUGGCAGAUUACUUCGGCAAGAUGAAAGGCCUCGCAGAUGAGAUGGCAUCUGCGGGAAGAAAGCUUGAAGAUGACGAGCUUGUCUCGUAUAUUCUCACUGGGCUGGACCUGGACUUCAAUCCAGUUGUCUCAGCAGUGAGCGCCAGAGUGGAACCAAUUACGGUGGCAGAGCUGUACACACAGCUCACAAGCUUUGAACAGAGGAUGGAACUUCAUGGUGGAGGUUCCCAAUCGUCGGCCAACAUGGCCGCCAAAGGAGGACGUGGAGGCGGCGGCAACUUCAACAACCCUCGCAACCGCAAUGGUGGCGGUCGCGGGGGCUUCGGACGAGGCGGCAGAGGUGGUCGCGGCAACGGUGGCCAUGGCCCCAAUUUCCAGGCGGGCGUCUUCUGCCAGCUCUGUGGGAAAGAAGGGCACUCCAUCAUUAAGUGCUACAAACGCUUCGACCCCACGUUCACUGGUCCUCCUCAGAAGAGCGCUGCGGCUGCCAUAGCGUCAUAUGGCGUGGACACCAAUUGGUACGUAGACUCGGGUGCUACGGACCACGUGACUGGCGAUCUGGAGAAACUCACAGUUCGUGACAAGUAUGGAGGUCAUGACCAGGUUCAUAUGGCAAGUGGAAAAGGGGACGAGGAGGACUCUCCUUCAAGGCAGAUGUGA